AGACUGUGCACUUCGGAGAAAACAGAGAAAACCAGGGUAACCCUUGCCCUGUGUUCGAAGUAGACAAACACUUGUGCAUGCCAAGCAAUGGCUACAUGUACUACUUGGCACGUCUAGGGAUGAUUACUUCUUGAUGCAGCUGAAAAAAAGGCCAGCGGUUUUAUUGAGAAACAUGGUUUUUGCACUCAACAAAAGAUUCUCCUACUUCAACAAAUGUACUUCAAAAUACAUGCAGUUCUAUCGGCAACUAUUCAAACGUUGGUGAUUGUGUUCUUUGCACGCAAAACCCUACUUUCCUAAACCUCACAGAAUAGCCCUGACCUAAAGGUCAGUGAAUAGCAUUACUACCACCAAAAAGCCAGCUUAAAAUGAGACGUAGGUGAAAUGAACUUUUCCACAAGCUGGGCAAAAAAAAAUGGCGAGUGCUGCCUCUUUUAGAUGAUACGCUGCAUGGGAAUUUAUUUUUCUAAUCCCGCCUCUCCCGUUCGCGGCGACCUUUUUAUACCAUCUCUGCUGGCGUAGGCUCGUGCGUGUUCACGUCUGCCGCGGUUUGCUGCAGGGUCCUGUACUGCCACCAGGAUGGAUAGGUGGUGGUCGUGUCGCUGCUUGUUCCUGCUGCUACUCAUCGGAAGCUGGUUGGACUCCGCCAGGACACAGAACGGUCCCGAGUUGUCCAGCUGCCAGCUGCCGGAGCAGCUCCAACAAGGAGAGGGUGGCGUGACCGUCAACCCUCCUGGCUUUGACUCUCUUUCCAUCGACGGAGAGAAUAAUGUGGACGACGGAAUCCGAGUGCUGUUCUUCUUCAACGGGGAGAGGCCCUUGCGAGGAUUUUCUCUGCAGGCUUGGGGGAUGAACGCUAGCGUUCCGGUUGGACCCACGGGCGAAUGGCUAACGCCGGCAGACCGCACUUUUAGAGGGGUCUCCUGUCAGGCAGAGAAUGACACUAUCACCCUCUCCUCGUUAGGAGUUGAGCCUGUACCCGGAGUUAAUGUCUUCAAUUGGAUUGCUAACGGCUCGCCCUACUGUGAUUUCCUUUUCCGGGCACAUGGACUAACGGUUAGCAGCGAAAUCAUAGAGUUCAGGACGGCCAUCGUCAGACGUCACCCUUGCCAGAAUGGAGGAGUUUGUGUGUCAAACGGCACAGAGUUCUCCUGUCGAUGUCAUGUCGGCUAUAGCGGUACCCGAUGCCAGACAUUUGAUGACACGGCCACGCAGUUCACUGACGCUAUCUGUGAGUGCCCGGUCCAAGGGACAGCAGGUCUAAGUUGCGAAAAAGAUCCGUGUCAGUUGAGUCCUUGCUUGUAUGGAGGACAAUGCAGCUUUGAAGGCGGUCUUGCUAGAUGUUUGUGUGGUGCCUUACAGGACGGAGCGAUGUGUGAAAUGGGCCCCGACCCCUGUAGAUAUCCACAGAUGUGCUACAACGGUGGUACGUGUCUGCCGUGGGCUUACAGCCGGGAUGGCUUCAGAUGUCAAUGCCCGAGUAACUACACUGGUCCCAAUUGUCAAACGGAGAUAACCGGCGCGUGUUCUUCUCAGCCGUGUAUCAACGGGGGGACCUGCUCAGCGUCUCCAGACACCGAUGGCUACACGUGCGCAUGCCCAACUAUAUACGGCGGACAGAACUGUGAGAACCAAGUUUUUCCAGCAGAUAGAGACGAGUGUGCCAGUAAUCCCUGUUCCGACGGCAGUACGUGCUUCAACCAGAUAAAUGGGUUCAUGUGCUUCUGUGACAACGGUCGCUACGGACCUAAAUGUGAAUUCGAAAUGGAGUUGUGUGAGAGCAAUUCUUGCAAUAAUGGUGGGAUAUGUUACAAAAGACCAGGCGCUCCUUGCAAGUGUUUCACCGAUGUCAACAGUGGUCUCCGAGGCUGCGACAUUUCCCCGACCUGUGAUGUCACCGACAUUCUCUAUCAUCUGUCACUGAUACCUGUGGCGGAGGUCAAUUUAGAGCUGAUAUCCACAGCCCUAGCAAACGCAACCAGCAACUACGACAGAAUCGACUCGGCGGGUGUUGCAUCGACUGCAACUACACUGGAAAACAUCGUCAAUGUUAGAUCAUCAUCAACGCCGGCAACUGAGAAUGUCAUCAUGAUGGUGGACAAUCUCCUCAACCUCCCGGACGAAGUGCUCGCAGGCAGCUACUCGGCUGCUCGAAUCCAGCGAUCCUUCGAGGAACAGCUGACCUACGUGCGGGGGAACCUGUCCUGGGUAACGAAGAACCUGGCCGUGGAGGUAGUCCAGCCACGCCGGCAGGCCAACGACACUUAUACGCUUCUGGGCUAUGCCAGCAUCUCCCGCGACGGCACCCUCGACAACACUUUCCAAAACAACGAUGAGAGACUAUACACAGACCCUAUUGUUAUGCCGCCGGACAGGGCCGAGGCCUUCAUCGGUCUACCCGCAGAGGUGUUCAGUCAAGUUUCCCGCGAAGAACCUCCCGUUGUAUUCACGGUGUACCUCAACUCCAUACUGUUCCAACGGGAAACACCUGGAUCGUUUGCCUUGCCCAACGGGACCCGGCUGUUUGUCAACAGUCGCGUCAUUUCAGCAAUUGUAGGUAGCCCGGAUGAAACUAUUGAGAACCUGGCUAGUCCUGUGAUAACGUCGUUCAUACCAACAAACGCUUCGCUGACUAACGAACCGGUGUGCGUCUUCUGGGACGUCGAGUCUACUAACUGGUCAACCGAAGGAUGCACUCGGUCGACGACAAGCGGUGCAAGCAGUCCUGUAGUCUGCCACUGUGAUCACCUGACUAGCUUUGCCAUUCUUGUAAGUUACACUGGUGAUAUCAAAGAUUAUGUGCUGGACGUCGUUAGCAAGGUUGGAUGCGCCAUAUCCAUUGUAGCACUGGCGCUGACCAUUCUGGCGUGCCUGAGUUAUCGUGAGUUGAGGAACAAUCCAGCCAAGAAGUCUCUAAUCAACCUGUGCGUGUCCCUCCUGGCCCUGUACGUGGUCUUCCUGGCUGGCAUCGAACAGGCUCAAUCACCGGUCACCUGCAUCGUCAUGGCCGCUCUUAUCCAGUACUUCUUCCUAACGUCCGUCUGCUGGGCCUCGGCUGAGGCCAUGAAUCUCUUCUACCUGCUGGUCAUCACGCAAAGGCUUCUCUUGACUCGGUACCUGGUGAAGCUGAUGCUUUUUUGCUGGGGAGUCCCCAUGGUGGUGGCAGCCUUCACAUUUCUGGUACCGUAUCUGACAACGGGAGAAUGGGAACUCCAAGAAGCAUACUGUUUCUUGCCUCCUGGCAACGCGCUCUACUUUGGCGUUCUCCUUCCCGUUGGCGUAAUGCUUCUCUUCAACGUCCUCGUCUUUGUUCUCCUCGUGCGCCGUUUGGUCUGCCAGCGCGUGGAGACCACCCGCACCCGCCGUGAGACCAGCGUGGACGCCGCCAUCCGCCACGGUCGCCUAAUGCUACCGAUCAGCCUGCUGCUGGGUGGGACCUGGGCGGUCGGGUUCCUCGCUGUCGAGGAGGCCACCUCCGUCUUCCAAUGGAUCUUCGCCGUUCUGAACUCACUGCUCGGGCUGGCCAUCUUCUUGCUCUUCAUCGUGGCGAAAAAGACGGGCAGGAAGGGGUUGAAAAGGCUGUUCUGCGUGGAACAGAUCAGAAAUUUCUCAAGCAUCCAGAGUUCGUCUCAAAGUCGUACAUAAAAAGGGAGCGCCCUCUCACUUUCUUCUAAAAAAUAAAACAGAGGCCUGCUAUUUUGCUUAACAUGUUAAUAACCCGCAUAUUAAGUUUUAAUUGGAUUAGUCUGACUAAUGCCUAGUCAUUUUUACUAAAUUUUACAAGUACAUUUUUAUUACUUUUAGGGUUUAGUAAAGGCUUUUUUGUAAUGCAUAAUAGGACUAUAGACCUGAAGAAUGUUCGCAUAGUAGGGGACCUCAGCCAACCGUCAAUGACUCGCACUUUUGGAGUAAUAACAUGCCACACACGCACGUGAUGCUGUACGCGCAUGUCCGUUGCGUACGAGGGUGCAGGGUGGCUGAAUGGAACGAAAGAUUUUAAAGCAAACCCCGUAAAGCAAAACAUUAUGUAGUUUGUAAGUGUAAACAAAAGUGGUGAAUGGGAAACAUUUUAAAUACGUUGCAAGGAAUACUUCCACAUCGAUUCUCGUCUUACCGUGUCUCCACAGCCCAUAAAAAAAUGUGGAAGUUUGUCGAUGAACCUAUAAUACAGGAGAUACAUGUAUUUUGUAACAGGCAAACAAAACCCUCGCUGUGCGCCCGGCUCGUGUGACAGCUGGAAAGUAUUUGGGACGAUAGAGGUAAAAACGCAAUCCAACUUUCGAUGAAUACCUUGCCCAGGAAGUAUCUUCGGUGAAGACAACUGGGGUUACUUGCUCUCUGUGUACAAAACUGUACGUAAAUUAUCGCAUCUGGGGUCCAGUAAUUUUUUUAAAUUUAUUUCUGCGUAUAUUAGAUCAUUACGUGUGCGUAACUUACUCCAGUUUCAUUUUGCAUAAACUUUUCAUCGGAAAAUGAUUUUUCUCGGGUGAGGUUUAAAAUAAUGGGCGUUCAUAUUACGUGAUUUCCUACAUGUAUAUAGACCGCGUUCGUAGCCUUAGUUGGCAAGAGACUUUUCCGUGGCUUCUUUUGGAAAACAAUGCGACCCGGUAGAUAUUCAAUUAUUAUUUUGGGGGCAAGUAGGUUAGUUUUGUUUUGAUUUUACAAUGUGAAAUCUGCCACGUUUCUUCGACAUUAUUCAUUUACUCUUACAAAAGAACUCAUGGUGUAAAACGUAUUCCACUGUUUAAUAAGUGUUUAUAGAUCUAACUACGAACAACUUUCAAUAUUCCCACAUUCUGCAUUAAAUACGGAUACUCAAGCUACGUGGGAAGUAAAUUGUUCCAAAUUUGA